AUGUUACCCGUCUUCGGGGAGGAGAUCGGAAAGACAGUUCGGACGGACGAAACUCGAAAAGACUUGAACGGCAAGUCUUCGACGAAUAGGGCCCAGGGCUGCUCGCGAACGGAGGCGAGGUGUUCGUGGCCAAGGGACACCGGCGAGGAGCUGUUGACGACGGGGAAAGCACGUGCCAAUCUGAGUUUUGUGGAAUUUGUGGUGACUCCCAACACUCCACUUGUUUUUGCCCAACGUUUCUAUAGGAUUCUCAAGUUGAAAAUUUUCAAGAGCCGCAACAAGUCUCAAAGUAAUUUGCCUCUUAGUAAUUUUAUGAGUGUUGGUAAAUUUGAAGUGCCGAAAAAUCUUGACUCGAGUGAUUUGGAUAAGUUGAAAUUUGUGCUGGAAUUGCCACUAUUGAUUGUUGAGAAUUUGAUCAAGGAUCAAGAACAA